AAAUUGCCAAAAGGAACAUUGGAAACCAGAGUUUUUAUCAUCAAAUGGCUCAUCAGAGUCCAAGACUCCUAGUGCCAAUAGAUGUCACCAAGAAACCAACCCAACAGAAACUCCCCCUUCACAACCGCUGGCACCCCGAUAUACCACCAGUUGCCGAGGUUAGCGUUGGUGAGCUUUUUCGAAUCGAGAUGGUGGACUUUUCUGGAGGCGGGAUCACACGAGAAUACACCGCCCACGAUAUCAAAUAUGCUGACCAGUCGGUUGUAAGUCUUGUUAUCCAAUAUCUACUACAAUUAGGCCCAAGUAAUAAAAAUCCAAUUGACACAAAUGAGGCCUAAGGGAUACGAAUUAAACAAAAGCCCAAAUGGUAAAAAAUCCGAUUGCAGAUUGAUGGAAUGAAUCAACACCUGCCGGCCACAGAUUCUUGAUUUGGUUAUAUAUACAUCAUGUGUAUAUAUAUCCUAGAAGAUUCUUACUUUCUCUCACACACAGUCACAGGCACAGUAACAAUUCAUCAUCUAUGGCUCCUUCAACACCAAGACUAGUAGUACCUGUAGACCUGAAGAAGAAGCCAUGGGAGCAAAAGCUUCCCCUCCAUAACCGUUGGCAUCCUGAGAUACCAUCGGUUGCUGAGGUGAAAACUGGGGAAUUUUUCAGGAUAGAUAUGGUGGAUUGGACUGGAGGUGCCAUUAAAGAUGACGAUUCUGCUAUUGAUGUUAAACACGUGGACCUUUCAACAGUGCAUUAUUUGAGUGGGCCGAUCAGAGUGGUUGAUGAGGAAGGAAUUCCGGCGAACCCAGGAGAUCUUCUUUCAGUUGAGAUAUGCAAUUUGGGUCCUCUUCCUGGUGAAGAAUGGGGUUUCACGGCGAUCUUUGACAGAGAAAACGGUGGUGGUUUUCUUACUGAUCAUUUCCCAUGUGCCACUAAAGCUAUUUGGUAUUUUGAAGGAAUAUAUGCUUACUCUCCCCAUAUUCCAGGUGUACGGUUUCCGGGUUUAACUCAUCCUGGAAUAAUUGGAACUGCACCUUCAAUGGAGCUACUUAAUAUAUGGAAUGAAAGAGAAAGAGAGCUGGAAGAAAAUGGUCUAAAAUCAUUCAAGUUAUGUGAAGUUUUGCAUUCAAGGCCAUUAGCAAACCUGCCAUCCACAAAAGGAUGCCUUCUUGGCAAGAUUCCAGAAAGAAGUCGGGAAUGGGAGAAGAUUGCUAACGAAGCUGCAAGAACGAUUCCCGGAAGGGAAAACGGAGGGAAUUGUGACAUCAAGAAUCUAAGCAGAGGUUCCAAGAUUUACCUUCCGGUGUUUGUGGAAGGAGCUAACUUUAGUACAGGAGAUAUGCACUUCUCACAAGGCGAUGGUGAAGUUUCGUUUUGUGGGGCGAUCGAGAUGAGUGGUUUUCUUGAGCUCAAAUGUGAGAUCAUAAGAGGCGGGAUGAAGGAAUACUUGACUCCAAUGGGACCGACUCCUCUUCAUGUUAAUCCGAUAUUUGAGAUAGGGCCGGUAGAGCCAAGAUUCUCGGAAUGGCUCGUAUUUGAGGGAAUCAGUGUCGAUGAGAGUGGAAGACAACAUUACCUUGAUGCGAGUGUUGCUUACAAGCGUGCGGUUUUGAAUGCAAUUGACUACCUUUCCAAAUUUGGAUACUCGAAGGAACAGGKGUAUCUUUUACUGUCAUGUUGUCCGUGCGAAGGGAGGAUUUCAGGAAUAGUCGAUGCUCCAAAUGCUGUUGCAACACUUGCUAUUCCGACGGCCAUCUUUGAUCAGGAUAUUCGACCAAAACGUAACAAGUUGCCAGUAGGACCGCGGGUGGUGAGGAAUCCAAAUAUUCCAAGAUGUAGUUAUGACGGAAAUUUACCCAUCACAAAAAACCCUGGUGCAACAGGAAGUUAAUAUAAAUAUGGUACC